CUUACGUAGAUUUAUUUUUAACAUGUCACCGGAAGAAACUAUAGAAAAGUUUAAGCAUUUAGGUCUAAGUGAACAAAAGGCCAAAGAAACGUUGAAAAAUGUAAACGUUACAAAGUUUUUACUCGCCGGUCUUAAUGAGGUCAACGUCGCUAAUUUGCCAGCAGGAGCAGGCAUGUUAAUCUACCACCUGGCUACUAAAAUUAAACCUCAAAUUGCAAGCCAGCUGCCGUUCGUCUGUAAAUAUAUUGAAAGUGGGAAGCUCGAUUCGACGUUACGAGUGGAUGCUGCUUUGGAAUAUCUUCUUAGUCACGUCGGUGAGGCUAACAUUGAUAAUGCCGCAUUUGAAAAAGCCUGUGGGGUAGGAGUGGUGGUUACCCCGGAGCAGGUGGAACAGGCUGUAGAGAAACAUAUGGCCAAAUAUAAAGAGGAACUAAUUCAGAAACGAUAUCGGUUCAAUUCUGGCAUUGUGAUGCAAGCCGUGAGAGCUGACUUGCCAUGGGCAGAUGGUAAAGCUAUUAAGAAUGAAGUUGAUGUUCAGAUUUUAGAUUUACUAGGACCUAAAACUGAAGCUGAUUUGGCACCUGCCCCUAAACCAGAGAAGAAAGCCAAAGGGUCUGAAACAGGAAAGAAGCAUACCAAAGAUGCUAAAGCGGCUGCCAAACCAGUAUCUGAAGCUGCUGGUGAUUCCGUUGGAGCAGUGUCCAUCCAUGAACUCAUGAAAAAGCUCCCCUUCCAUGCGCCCGGCGAAAACUACAAGUCCGAUGGCUAUGUCGUGACUCCAGAUACGAAAAGACUCCUUCAAGAGCAUCUGAAAAUUACUGGGGGAAAAGUCAGAACUAGGUUCCCCCCGGAGCCUAAUGGGAUUCUUCAUAUCGGUCACGCUAAGGCUAUUAAUAUCAAUUUUGGGUAUGCUGCUGCUCAUGAUGGGGUAUGUUUCUUGAGGUAUGACGAUACCAAUCCGGAAAAAGAGGAGGAAAAGUUCUUUGUAGGAAUCAAGGAUAUGGUUGAGUGGCUUGGUUACAAGCCAUACAAAAUCACCCAUUCAUCUGACAACUUCGACCAGCUGUACUUGUGGGCGGUGCAGCUGAUCAAGAAGGAUCUGGCCUAUGUGUGCCACCAGAGGUCGGAAGAGAUCAAAGGCUUCAACCCUCCACCUUCACCGUACAGGAAUAGGCCCAUUGAAGAGAGUUUACAACUCUUUGAGGACAUGAAAAAUGGCAAAAUCGACGAGGGCGAAGCUACCCUGAGAAUGAAGAUUACCCUAGAGGAAGGCAAACAGGACCCUGUGGCGUACAGAAUAAAGUUCAAGCCGCACCACCGCACUGGCAGCAAGUGGUGCAUUUACCCCACCUACGAUUACACCCACUGCCUUUGCGACAGUAUUGAGCACAUCACGCAUUCUCUUUGCACUAAAGAGUUCCAGUCUCGGAGAUCAUCGUACUACUGGCUAUGCAACGCGCUGGGUAUAUACUGCCCCGUGCAGUGGGAGUACGGGCGGCUGAACGUCAACUACACCGUCGUGUCCAAGCGGAAGAUAGCCAAGCUUAUCGACGAAGGAAUUGUUAAUGACUGGGACGACCCGCGGCUAUACACGCUGACGGCGCUGCGGCGGCGCGGCGUGCCGGCGGCGGCGGUCAACGCCUUCUGCGCCGCGCUCGGCGUCACCGGCGCGCUCGGCGCCGUCGACCCCGCCCUGCUCGACGCACACGCCCGAGACGCGCUCAACGUGGCCGCGCCCAGAGUGAUGGUCGUAUUGGAGCCGCUGAAGAUCACCAUCACGAACUUCCCCAGCGACAAGCCCGUGGCCGUGUCGGUGCCGAACUUCCCCAACGAGCCCGAGAGGGGUUCCCACGCGGUCGUGUUCAGCCGGGUCAUGUACGUCGAGGCCACGGACUUUACGGAGCAGCCCGAGAAAGGGUACCGACGUCUCACGCCCACGCAGCCCGUGGGCCUGAGGCACGCCGGAUACGUUGUUAAGGUAUCGAAGGUGAUCCACGACGCGACCGGCACGGCGGUGGAGCUGGAGUGCACGGCCGAGCCGGCCGAGGCCUGCAACAAGCCGAAGGCCUUCGUCCACUGGGUGUCCGACCCCGUCGCCGUGGAAGUGAGGCUGUACGAACCACUUUUCAAACACAAGAACCCGGAGGACCCGAGCGAGGUGCCGGGCGGGUUCCUGUCGGACUGCCGCUCGGACACGCUCAGGGUCGUGCAGGCGCUCGCCGAUGGUUCCAUCCGCGGCGCCAAGGUCUACGACAAGUUCCAGUUCGAGAGGAUCGGCUUUUUCUCCGUCGACCCCGACACCAACGCUGACAAUGUAAGUAGCUAGUUCAAACACG